CUUUGUAGGGGCGCUAAACGGCCAGAAGGGGGCGAAGCUUCGUAAGAUUUCUACGAGUGUCUGAAGCGAAGAACCAGUGAAAGCAUCACUCAGGUAGCUAAAGGGGCAGAUCCGAGGAGCAGAUACGAGCAACUGUGGUGCUGCUUGGCUCGCACCCCGUCGGGUUCUUCCUCAACGGUGCCUCACCGCCUAUCCUCGACUCUUCCUUGAGAUCAUGAUGGCUAAAAACAGAAAACAGUCAGGGAAGAGUCCAGCGACCCAGACUGACCGCGACAAGAGCCCGCUUGUUUCGCCCCCUGGCAAAAGUAACGUUAGGCGACCAGGCAGGGAGGGCAAAGCUUUCAACAGCUCUCAUCCAAACGGUCUCUCGGGUAUCACGCACAAGCUUGGGCUAACUCCCUCUGCAGCCGUGAAGCUGGGAAUCACUCUUCUCCUCGCUGCUCUGACUGGGUAUCUCCACUGGCAUCAUCUCUCACAGCUGUUUGAGAAUGACAGACACUUUUCACACUUGUCAAACCUGGAGAAAGAAAUGGCUUUCCGGACAGAAAUGGGCCUGUAUUAUUCUUACUACAAGACCAUCAUUGAGGCUCCCUCUUUCCUGGAUGGCCUCCACAUGGUCAUGAACGAUCGGCUGACAGAGUAUCCCCUAGUUAUUAACACGCUGAAGAGAUUCAAUCUCUAUCCAGAGGUGGUCCUGGCGGGCUGGUACCGGAUGUACACAGGUGGGAUGGGAUACUUUGGGAUCCCCACAAAGAUGUGCUGGACCAUCAACAGAGGAGAGGGACUCAGUCCAGUGGACAGCUGUGAAGGGAUGGGCGACCCGGCGUAUUUCUACGUGGCCUUUGUGUUCCUGCUGAACGGCGCGAUGAUGAGCCUGUUCUUCAUUUACGGUGCCUACCUCAGUGGCAGUCGACUGGGCGGCGUUGUCACCACGAUGUGUUUUUUCUUCAAUCACGGCGAGAGCACUCGUGUGAUGUGGACUCCGCCUCUGAGGGAGAGCUUUGCCUACCCCUUCUUAGUCCUGCAGAUGCUUCUUCUCACCUACAUCCUACGGACACGGAACCCGAGCAGGACAGCCAUGGUCGCCCUGGGCAUCUCCAAUUUGUGCUUUAUGCUUCCUUGGCAGUUUGCCCAGUUUGUGCUGCUCACUCAGGUGGCUUCUCUGUUUGCUUCUUACAUCUUGGGCUACCUCGGCGCCGCCAAGAUGCAAUCCAUCCUGGUCACUCACAUGAUCACUCUCGGCGUCUGCUUCAUCCUGAUGUUUGGAAAUGCCAUGCUGCUCACGUCCUUCUACGCCUCCUCGCUAGUCUCCAUCUGGGCAAUCAUUGCAUUAAGGGAUCGAUUUGCUCAAGUCUUUAAACCUGGCGUCGUCAUCUGGCUCAUGCAGGGUUUGGCUUGGGUUGGCUUCACCGUUCUGCUCAAAUUCAUGCUGUCUACAGUCCUCUCUGCCUCUGAUGAUGCUCACAUCAGUGCAUUAAUCAAGUCUAAGUUCACGAGCUACAAGGACUUCCACACUCUGAUGUACACGUGUGCUGCAGAAUUUGACUUCAUGGAGUUGGAGACCCCUAUACGUUACCUCAAGACGUUGCUGCUGCCCAUCAACGUGCUGGUGGUUGCUGUCAUUGCUUGGAAGACGAUCCAGGAUAUAGUCCGGUUCCUGAGGGACGGAGGGAAGGCGUCUGUCAAGCCUGAUGAUGCUGAUGAAGCUUCAGGGUCUGAAAUAGCUGCAAAAGGAGAGCUGGUGUACCACAGCCUGCAGCUGGUGGCAUUUGCUGUCCUGGCCAUCCUCAUCAUGCGUCUCAAGCUCUUCCUGACGCCCCACAUGUGCUCAUGGCCUCGCUCAUCUGCCUCCAAACAGUUGUUUGGCUGGAUCGGGGAGAGAUAUAAACCCCAAGUUGCAGUGUUUGCAGUCAUGGCCAUCAUGGCCGUACAGGGAGUGGCCAACCUGCAGGCCCAGUGGGGGAUCAUUGGAGAGUUCAGCAACCUGCCGCAGGAGGAGCUGCUGGACUGGAUCCAGGAAAACACCCGGCCUGAUUCUGUGUUUGCUGGGGCCAUGCCCACUAUGGCCAGCGUGAAGCUUUCCACAGGCCGGCCCAUCGUCAACCACCCCCACUAUGAAGACUCUGGUCUGAGGGAGAGGACCAAGCUGGUCUACUCCAUGUACAGCCGCAUGACUGGCCAAACGGUGCGGGGGAACCUGAUGAAGCUGGGAGUGGACUACUUCGUCCUGGAGGACUCCUGGUGCACAAGGAGAACCAGGCCUGGGUGCAGCAUGCCCGAGAUCUGGGACAUUGAGGAUCCCCAAAAUGUUGGUCAAACUCCGUUUUGCACCCACAUGUCCAAGAGCUCACGUCCCCACUUCGCCACGGUCUUUUCCAAUGACAUUUACAAAGUUUUAAAAGUCCCCAAAGCCACCAAAGAUCUCAGAUAACACCAUGGGGCCGACUGUUUGUUUGUUUUUCCUUUUCAUUUUGAUGAGUCACUGCCAUUGCUGCUUUUUUACCCAAACCCCCCCACAGUUCCCCUUUUUUGUGGUGCUCUGAUUCUCUGAGCGAGGGGCUCGUACAGUAAUAGGUUGGACACGCCUAAACAGUUUGAGUCUCUCUACACUCGGUGCGUUCGCAGUUCUCGUGACUUAAAGGAACUCCCAGUUCCCCACAUUUUGCCACUCAUCCUUAUUGGUGCAUCGUUGUCAUCCAGCGAGUUUCCCACCGCGCCCAUCGGUGCCCGAGGGGUCGUAGCUCUUCAAUCUGUUGCAUUGGUUCUGUUGUAUAGAAUCUUUAGUUUAAGAAACAGUGUCUUCAAAGAGACGCAGUUCAUACAUCAGUAUUGUUUCUAACUGUGUAGAAUUCAUUUUUGACUUGUGCUGAGGAAGUUGAUUUUGUCGGGACCAAUCCGUGAUGUCCACAUACUGUGAAGCAAUAUCCUUUGCAAACUUGACAAAAGCUGACUUCCUGUACUGUUACGCACAGUGUUGAUCUCUAAAAAAUGUUUUUUAGCAGUACUCGAUUUUUUAUGAUUUAUUUCUGUAUUUUUGUGCUGAGUUCAGAGACAUUUUCUUCAGAAGCCAACAGUGUUUUAAGCGUCUUUGGACUCGCAGGGGAACACUCUGUUCUUGUGUUUGACAGCUUUUAAAAUCAUUUUUACUACAUAUCUUUCAGCCCAGAUGUAAUUCAUUGAAUUUAAUUUGAUGAUUUUUACCAAAAUUUCACACAGUAGAAGAGAUUUCAUUCUUAUAAGUGUUCCCUGUUCCAACUUCUCUGUAAAUACCCAAACAGUCAUUUUGUAAAAUACCGAUGUUCGGCCUUCAGAAGGUUAUUUUUGUUUUGUUAUUGCCAAAGGAAGUUUUGAUGUUGAAGCUGCAUAUUCGGGGGACUGUAGCACAUAAA